AUGGGUUCGCCCGGGUCCGCCAAUGGCAGACGCGGCGAGUACGUGAGGAUCUCGGAGGUGGAGGUGGCGUCCAAGGGGGAGGGGGAUGCCGCGGCGGCCGCGGUGGCGGAGUGCCCGAGGGUGCUGCGGUGCCGCGCGAUCCGAUGGUGGGCCAAGGUCGCUGUGCUCGGGAUCGUCCUUGCUGGGGCCGGAGCUGUUGCGGUCGUCUUCCUCGGCCCGCUCCUUAUCAAGAAGGUGCGUGUUCUCGCCCUGUCCCUCCUCCCUCCCCUCCGCCGUCGCCUCCUUUGA